CACACACACAAGGAUCUGUUGUUGCAUAAGUCAUAUAUAGGAAAAUUGAAAGAGUUGGAAAGAAAGAAGUACGAUGGCUUCUAAGAGUCUGCUUAUCAUUCUCUUAAUUGUCUCUCUCUUUGGUCUUCACCAAUGUCAAGAGGAUUAUGACUAUGAACAUCCAAAGGGAAUAGAAAGGUGUUUUACAAGAUUUGUUGGAGAGCCAUAUCAAUUGGAGGAUUUGUGUUGUGUUGAAGCUCCUUGGAUUUGCUUCGCCGGCUACCUUACGAAAGAAUGCAUCAAGAGGUGCCCCCCUCUGCGAGAAGGAAAACCACCGCUGCGAAAAGGAGCAACCCUGCUAAAAGGGGCAGCGCCGUCUCCACCCCUGCGGCUUAACUCUUCUCCAUCACCCAUGUCAUGAUCUCGUUUUUGAUCAAGUCUUUCAAUAAAGAAAAGUAUGCAUGUCUCUUGGAAUAUUUGUCUUUAACUUUAAUAGUCGAAUAUAAUAAUUUAUAUA